AUGGGAUGCUUUCACCUUAGCAACAUAGUUGCUCUCAUCGGUGUCCUUUUAGUUGGCCCAACAGUAACAUUAGCUGCAGCUCUUGCCGCUGCACCUCAACCAAAGAGCAACGGGAUUUGUUACAAAUAUGUUGUCCAGGCUGGCGAAACUUGCCCCAUGAUUGCUCAAGCACACUCUAUCACCACAGCUGAUAUCGAAACCUACAACGCUCGAAGCUAUGCAUGGUAUGGAUGCAAACACAUAUUGCAGGGCAGUUUCAUCUGUCUCAGUACCGGAGAGCCCAUGAUGCCAGUUGCACUUCCACAUGCUGUCUGUGGCCCUCAGGUGCCUGGAACCAUGCGCCCCAACAACUGGUCUGAACUAGGGUCUAUGAACCCGUGCUCGGGCAAUCAAUGCUGCUCUUCGAUGGGCCUCUGUGGAACCACUCCAGACUUUUGCAAUUCUGCAGCUCAAGCCAACCCAGCAUCGCCUGCAUCACAAAAGGCUCCCACAGCUCCUACAACCAAAGCCGCUCCAAACCCCGUGGCUAGUAGUGCGACCUCAUCCACUAAAAAGGCCCCAUCGACUAGUGCAACCAAGGCUGCUCCCACUACCUCAAGCACCACGAGCAUUAAGACCACUUCCACCACCAAAACCACGUUGACAACGAAGUCAACCAAAACAUCCCAAGUAACAACAAGCACUAGCACUAGCACCGGCAAAGUAGCGAAAACUCCAUGGUCAAUUACAAUGUACAGCAAGAAGGACUGCGAGGGCGACUACUACGUACUCCAAGGACACAAUUUGGGCUACUCGAAUACCUGCCUGAACCUGCAUGGAGGCCUAAGCAGUAAAUACACAGAAACAGGUGUUUCCUGCAAAUGGUUUACAAACGGCGGCUCGAAUUACGCUAACUGUGAUGCCGGCACCCUCGAGGCACCCGAGUCCUGGGUAGUGCAGGUUGGUCUCUGCACUGUAUACAAUGCUAAAAAUUGCGAUCCUAGUGAUGGGCAUGCUAAUGCCUAUAUGCACGAGAACAAAAAGCCUUGUCGGAAUCGGGGUAAAUUCGAUACGCCCAAGUUUCUUUCUAUGACUUGUUAUACUGAAAAUGAAGACUGA